GAUCGGUUCGGGCUCCCCCAACACUGGGCAGCCACAAAAAAGCGCGAAGGAGUCUCAGUUUGGACAAAGUUAAUGCGAAAUAAAAGAUUUACGAGCGAUCAUGGAGACGCCGACAGGUAGUGGAGGCUCCACGCGGUCCACGCGCAUGCCCACCCCACGCCUCUCUGAGCGCAAGCGGCAACUGUUCGGCAGUCCGGUCUCCAGGCUGCGAAAGAUCAACGACGACGAUGAGGAUGAGGACGUAGACAGUCUGGGUAUCUUACCGCUGAAGCCUCAUGUGGCGGCCAAUAUGCAACGGAGGAGUCUCUUUGGUGAGGGAACUAAGGCAGUGAGUGGCAGUGCCAACAGCAGCCCGGAAACCAACAAGGAGAACAAGAAAACCCGCAGCGGGGUCGUCGCGGCUGCCACGGCGGAGCAGUUGCCCCAGUUGUUCACCUCCACCAUGCGGCUGAAUAGCAACAGUAGCAGCAACAGUCGCAACAGCAGCCCCCGUACACCUAAGCUGCGAGCCAAGCGAGCGGACUCAUCAAUGUCUUCGCCCACCUCCUGCUCCAUGGGAUCUCCAUCACCACGGGGCAAGGCCACACCCAUGCAGGAAAUCAAGACCAGCUGCAGACGCAGUCCACGUACCUCGAGUGCGCAGAAGAAUCAAGAAGACUUGUCUUCACCAGAAACUUUCCAAAAGAGACUAAGCAAAGUGGCUGAUAUGUUAAUGAAGCGACAAUAUACGAAAGCUGAUGUGGGCACACCAAGAGGAAGGCACAGUCUCAAUUUAAAGACCACUGCCCAAGUACAUACCAUCAAACCCAAAAGGGUUAGCCUGGAAAGCAGCUCUAAACGCAGGAAAUCUCCAAACACAGGAUCCGAUUCGGAUGACGAGGAAGCUCCAAUAAGUAAAGCCUCAAGGAGGAAUGAUUACAGCAAGAUCAGAGCACCGAAAAUGGAGCGUCGGGAGAGAAACACAACAAUAAAAGAAGCAGAUAGCAAAGUACCUAUUGUAAAAGCCAAAACAGAGGCCUUGGAAACCUGUAAUAGGAAUCAAAAAAGUCCUAUUAAAAUUGAAGUUAGUGAAACCUCAACAGUGAAACCAAGAAACAGCACCAGAAGAACAAAAUCCCCAGUUAAAAUGCCCACUUUAAAUGACAAAGAAGUGGCGAUUGUUAAGGCCUCAACAGAGAAUCUAGAGAACAGUCUUAAACGAACUAAAUGCCCAGUUGAACUGUCUAGUUCAGAGAUUGUUGAAGACCUAGCGAGUAGUCUAGAAAACAGUAGUAUUCCACUUGAAGUGCCCGCUCCUGAUGAAGAAGCAGCCAAUUGCAAGCCCAUAAAGCGAGAGCGCCUGGAUACCUUUUCCAACUUGGCUGUUUCUUCAACAGAGUCCGAUUCUGGAUCCCCACAAAGCAAGAUGCGCAAGAUGUCGCUGAAGAGCAGCAUUCCCACCUUGGCCUUUUAUUCCCACAGUGGAGCAUCUGCUUCAAAGUCAAAAGGUAGGCGAUACACACCUACCACUUUUCUUCGUCGACCGACAAAAAUCUCGCCAAACUCCCGCCCAGUCCUGGGUAUCAAUAAGGGAGUCCGGCACAAAAUUCGUAAGCCCCACGGACUGUCAACCCGACUGCCGCACACUGACUUGGACAACAUUCUCAGCUCCCUAAGCAACGAACGGCUGAAGAAUCUAAUUACCACCAAACGAGAGGAGCGCGCCAAGGUUGAGGAAGUGCACCAGAUCCUGCGCAGUGCCAGAGAUCCAAUCAAGAUGGCCAAACCAUUGAGUGUUAUUGAAGCCGACGAUGCCAACAACAAUAACAAUAUGCCAGCGAACAUGUGGCAAGAAACUUCCGCCGACUUUUCCGACCUUAGUGAAGAUGAGGAGAAGGUGUUCAUCGACGAUCCCGUCAUAGAAUUGGAGCCCAUCAUACCGAUAAUCCGACACGAGCCGGUCCACAAUUCGCCGCCAGCCGAGCAAGCGGAUCUCAGCAAGCGCAAGUUCUUCAAAUCGGGCCGACGGAGCAGCACUUGCAUGGAGGUAAGGAUCACGGACAACAUCCGGGCCAGCGUCAGCCAGGGCAAGAUCGCCCUGGUCCAAACUCCACGCCGAAAGCCACGACAAGUGCGGGUGAAGUCUGCAACGAUUUUCUCAGCUGAGCAAGCCACCGUGGAUGCGAUUCUGAAGAACUUGGACGACACGGUGAUAGACGAGAUUAUUGAAUCGAAACCGCUGACGGGGAUCACCCCCAUGGAGGCGGAAAACACACCCAUGGAUACGGAGCCUCUGCCGGAUAUAAUUGAGUAUGCGCCGGAAGAGACAAUUGCAGAAAUUGAUCCCUUCGCUGAAUUUCGAAAUCGUUUGCCAUAUCAAACCAAUGAUCCUGAAAUCGUGGAGCAGCAGCAAAUCUUACUGGAGUUCCUCAUAAGCAACAACAUUUGUACAGAGCAGAAUUUUGAGAUUUUUAUAGCGAAUCCUGACAAUUACAAGGAGGAGGCCAAUCGGAUUGUGGACGAAUUGUACAUGGUGGUAAAUAGCGAAGAGGCUGCGCAGCCGGAACCAGUGCUGGACAUUCCACCACCACAGGAUCCUCCAGCAACAGAUGAAGUCCAGCCAAGGCUGUUUCCCAUAUUUACGCAGCGCCUGCAGCCCGUGGUCCAGAAAUCGAUGCGUCGACGGCCGGAUACUUCGAUGAAAUUGCUGUCAGCAGCUGGGGGAUCCAAUCAGUACCAGAUCGAUGCUGGUCAGAAGGCUUUUGGAGCCCGGCAGUGUCAGCAGUGCGGAUUGGUGUACACCGUUCACGAACCGGAGGAGGAGCAGCUGCACCGGGAGUACCACAACUCGAUCCAUGUGCUGCGAUUCAAGGGUUGGAUCGACGAGGACAUUGUGGCCGUUUAUCCGGAGUGGGCUAGCGAUGGUCGCAUCAUACGAAUUAACGAACGCGCUCCGGCCGCCCGGCUCGAAAGACUUCGGGAUAUUAUCGGAGUGGUGGACAAGGAGCUGGGCUACUCCUCGUACAUCGUGCCGAAGAUCUUUGUGGCCUUCAUGGCGGUACGGAAGCAGCAGAUUGUGGGUUUCUGCCUGGUGCAGCCCCUGUCUCAGGCCCAUCGAUUCAUCCAGGUUGACGGCACGGAUUAUUUCAGUGAGGAGAGUUACCCGGCCAGUUGCGGCGUGUCCCGAAUCUGGGUUUCUCCACUGCAGCGGCGCUGCGGAAUCGCUAGGAAGCUGUUGCGGGUCGUCCAGUGCCACACGGUGCUAGGUCAGGAGAUCGCCAAGGAGUGCAUCGCCUUCAGCACCCCCACCGACGAUGGACGAUGCCUGGCGCGCCAAUUCACCGGGUUGGAUAACUUCCUGACCUACGACCAGUGAUCGGGGAAAACGGCUAUUGAAUAGCUGGAUUAUUUUUGAGUUAGGAUUGCUUCGGAACCUGUAAUAGUUGAUAAGCAAAUGCGAUUUAUGUUACAAGCGGCGAGAAGACGCGGCAUUUAUUUUGUUUUCUUUGGUGGGUCUGAAUAUGCCCGAUCUUUUGCAAUAAAUUUGAUUUCUUUCCUUUCCGCGUUAAUUUCAAAAAUAUA